AUGUCCACGAUUUUAACUAUUGCUAUCUAUAAAAUAUUGCGUGAAGUUUUUGAACCUUUGCAUGUCUUUCUCCCGACCAGAUUAGAUCUCUUUGUGGGAAGCAUCAUUAUGACUAUUAUCCUCAUUGCUGUUUUACAAAUGGACCGAGAAGAAGAUGAAGGAGACUUUGUGCACGAUAUAUAA